AAACUAUAAAUAAGGAAGACUUUGGCCAGGAAUUUGAUACUAAUUCGACCACAUACAAGACCAUCUCCAGAGCUUCUAAACAAACAUAUAACUUUCUGCUCAUCCCAUCAAGCCAGACGCUUGUUUCAUCUAUACAACAUCACAAAACGCUCGCCUCUAUUAAGGUUAUCAUAUCCACUAGAGAAAUCCCAUCAAGAUGACUCUCACUCUCUGGAAGGAUAUCUCACCUAUGGGCCAGCCGCUUCGGCAGCCGUCCAACAAGUCCCCGCACGUUUUGAUUAUUGGUGGCGGUGUCACUGGACUGAUAUCCGCCUGGGUGCUUCUUGAUAAAGGAUACCGCGUCACUAUCGCCAGCAGCACAUGGGUAAACGACGAGCAGCGCCUGACGUCGCAGAUAGCCGGUGCCCUUUGGGAGUUCCCGCCUGCAGUAUGCGGCCAGCAUACAGACAAGAUUUCCCUAGCCCACUCUAAGCAUUGGUCCAUGACGGCAUACCACAUAUGGGACGGAAUUGCGUCUAUCCCGGCCCUGAGCGAAGCUUCCGGCGUGCGCAUGAUGCCGUCGGACUUCUUCUUUCCAGAGCCCGUGGAAAGUGAUAAAGCCCAAGUCUCCAAGAUGACAGAGAUCAUGGCUAGCGGCGUGAGAGGAUUCUACCGAGGAGCCGAUAUCAUCGACGAGCGCGGGGUCGACCCGUCCUACGGCGCAAUAGAUGCUUACGAGCUUCUAGCGCCCGUGAUCGACACCGACAAGGCCAUGGUGUGGCUUACGGAGCUCGUCGAGAGCAAAGGAGCUAGCCUCAUCACAGAGACGAUUCGAGGCGACCUGGUAGAAAUUGAGGACACGCUACGAGCUCGGUUCGAAGCCGACGUCAUCGUCAACUGUACCGGUCUCCAGGCCCAAGAGCUCGCCGGCGACGACAGCGUCUAUCCGAUCAGGGGUGGUCUCAUCCGAGUGAUCAAUGACGGGACGGACUUUCCGAAAGUAGAUGCGGCCCUUACUAUUACGGCAGAUGCGGCUCACUCCGCUAACGAGAUCAUAUUUCUCGUACCUAGGAACGAUAAUAUUCUUUUAAUCGGCGGUAUAACCGAGCCGCAUGAGUGGAACCUAGAUCUCACCCUGAACACUCCAAUCAUCCGUAGGAUGCGGGAGAGAUGCGAGAGGUUCCUUCCCGGCUUAGAAAAUGCCAGGGUAGAUCCCGAAUAUCCGCUUGCACAGGGCCUGCGUCCUUUCAGAGGCCAGAACGUGAGGGUCGAGCGUGAACUUCGCAGGACUGGUAGCCGCAUUGUUCACUCAUACGGCCACGGUGGCGCAGGCUGGAGUCUGUCAUUCGGCUGCGCGCGAGACGUUGCGACACUUGUCGACGAGGCUCUUGAGGGGGUCCCGGCUCGACCGAUGAGCGAAACGGCCUUCGAGCGGAAAGCGGCGGGAUUUCAACGACCGGGACCGAGGCGCUGAACAAUCGGAUUACGGCUUGGUUUUUCUUACACUUGUCUCGGCGUCGAUAUGAUUAAAACGGGUCAGGUUUAGAGCAGGCGUAGGUUGGCGUAUGUUCCAUAGACGGAAUUCCCUUGCUCUCGCUUCAAAUUCCAUUUGUAUGUAUCAAAUAGCUCCACAUCUUGUCGUUUAGCGACGUUUCAACAUAGAAAUCAAGACAUGACUAUGAAAGGAAGUCUGGCGGUGACCCAUAUCGCAUUAUCUGACCACCAUAUAGAGCAGAAGCGAAUGAGAGUCCAACAUGAGGAUCUUCCUUGCAGAGAACAUUACUCAUGACAGUAGUAGUUGGACUGGCUCUUUACACAAUUGGGACGUGUAGGGCUGAUGGCUUACGCCCCAAAACGGCAGCCAGGUGCGUAUGAAUAAGCAAAGUAGAUAUGCGUGGCAUGCUCAUGCUGCAAGGCUGUAUGAGUCCACCUCUUGACCGGGGUAGAGUGCUCGCGUCGCACGUAAGAACACCGGUCUGGCCGUUAUAAUCUGAUAGUCUCACUGCAGAAGGGGAGUCACACGGCAACAAA